CAUGCGCGGACACGUAAAGUUUUCUCUGCCUCUCCCUGUCUCAGUGCAGCGAUACUCAGCCGGAGCUCCAGCGCUACAGGUUACAGCUCUGCGGUCAUCCUGUGUCCUCAUAUGAACCCCCGAGACUCCAGAAUGGAGCCUGAAACGGACCCUGGCUUGUGCAAUGAGUGCAAUAAAGCCCCCACAAAGUCCAGUGAGAGUCAGCGCCUGAGCAUCCAGCGCUGCAUCCUGUCUCUUCUGCAUGCCUGCCAGUGUCGCAACGCCAACUGUCCCCUGCCGUCCUGUCAGAAAAUGAAGCGGGUGGCGCAGCACCUCAAGCAUUGCAAGCGCAAUACCAGCGGCGGCUGUCCAGUCUGCAGGCAGUUUAUAGCUCUCUGUUACUGCCAUGCCAAGCACUGCCAGGAGAACAUCUGUCUUGUGCCGUUCUGCCUCACGAUCAAGCACAAACUCCGUCUUCGGCAGCAGGAGCAAAGAAUUCAGCAAGUACAGAUGAUCCGGCGGCGCAUCAUGGCUCUGCGGGCCAUCGGCCCCAGACGCUCCUCGAAGCCCUCCAGGGCCUGCGGUCCGCACUGA